GCGGCCUUUAUUCUUGCCAACAAACUAGAGCUAGAGUCGAUAACAAAAGUUAUCAGUAGCGGUCCAUCUAUUUUCUGAAUUGUAGAUACAUAAGUGUGUGUGUUUCUGCUUAAAGAAUUUAAAAAUUGUAUGCCUUUUGUGAAGGCCGAAACGCAUGACAGUAAAAGAAUAAAACAGUAGGGAUGAAUCGUAGAGGUUUAAAUCCUGGCAAUACGAUGACUUCUCAAUCAAAUAUAGACGAUGGCAGCUGGAAAGCUGUUGCCGAAGGAGCAUCCAUGUUGCCGUCCUCGAACUCGUCGACUCUCAAUCCGGAUGGCAGCAACCCAAGUGGCUUUGCCCAGGGCGGUGGACUACCAUACAGUUCUGGGGCCAAUCCAUAUCCACAGGCUGGUCAAUCGUCUCCGGCGGGUAAUCAAUCAAUCGUUUUUCAGAACUCAAAUCAACCUGGAUCGAAUACACCUCAAUAUACCUCUUCGCCGGCGCCCUCUGGUUCCUCGACACCUGGACCUGUGGGCUCACAGAACAUACCUGGCAAUUAUCCGCAGUCUCAGUCAACAGCCGGCAAUUUCAAUGGUCCUGUAGGCGGUCCCUUCGGAUCGCCGUCGUCUGGUCUGGGUCAAUUCAGUCGGCCGGCCAGUUCGGGCACGCCAUUUAAUAGCGGCGGCGGCGGACAAGCCGGUCAUUUCUCAUCGCCUGCUGUAUUUGGUGUUGGUGGACAAUUCAAUCCAAUGCCACCGGCCUCGCCAUUCGGACAUGGCGGCAAUCACCCAAUGAUGGGAGGUCCUGGACCUCAACAAAUGGAGCGAAUUGAUCAAGGUUUCCGAAGGCACAACUCGUACUUCAGUCAUACGGAGCACCGGGUAUUCGAACUCAACAAACGCCUCCAGCAGCGGAACGACGAGAGUGAUAAUUGCUGGUGGGACUCGUUUACAACCGAAUUCUUUGAAGACGAUGCGCGACUAACCAUCCUGUUUUGCCUGGAAGAUGGACCCAAACGGUACACGAUCGGGCGGACACUCAUUCCACGCUUUUUUCGCAGCAUCUACGAGGGAGGUGUGUCCGACCUGUAUUUCCAGCUGAAACACGCCAAGGAAUCGUUCCACAACACCUCGAUAACCCUGGACUGUGAUCAGUGUACAGUGAUUACUCAGCACGGUAAACCGUUCUUUACAAAGGUGUGUGCGGACGCAAGACUGAUUCUGGAAUUCAUGUAUGACGAUUACAUGCGAAUCAAGUCAUGGCACAUGACCAUUAAGGGACAUCGAGAACUCAUUCCAAGGUCCGUGAUUGGUACAUCGCUUCCGCCGGAUCCCAUGCUAUUAGAUCAAAUAACUAAAAAUAUUACCAGAGCGGGCAUAACGAAUUCUACGCUAAAUUACCUUCGUUUAUGCGUGAUACUUGAGCCCAUGCAAGAGCUGAUGUCGCGCCACAAGGCGUAUGCACUGAGUCCGCGGGAUUGCCUAAAGACAACGUUAUUCCAGAAAUGGCAACGCAUGGUGGCACCUCCCGGAAAAAAAGAUCCGCAGCGACCGCCGAAUAAACGACGCAAACGGAAAGGCUCGAAUUCGGGCGGAGGCAACAAUUCCAAUACUCCGCCAGUCACAAAUCAGAAAAGAUCACCCUCGGGCCCCAGCUUUUCCCUGUCCUCCCAGGACGUAAUGGUUGUGGGUGAGCCAACGCUAAUGGGCGGCGAAUUUGGCGAAGAAGAUGAGCGACUCAUUACGCGCCUUGAGAACACACAAUAUGACGGUACCAAUGCUGUUGAGCAUGAUAAUCACACUGGAUUCGGGCAUGCCGAUUCUCCUAUCUCUGGUUCAAACCCGUGGAAUAUUGAUCGAGCUGGCACCAUUCCAGCCAGUCCCGGCAAUGGUGGCGCGCCGCAAAACAAUGCGAACAUUGCCGAUAUUGAUAAGAAAAGCCCCAUUGUGUCGCAAUAGAAGUGGUGCAUACAAAAAUUUAAAUAUUUCGCUAUAUUGUCAAAUGUAUUUUCAUACGUGCAUGUAAAAAUAUAUUAAAAUAAAGCUUACAAGUUUUAGGAAAUGUAUAUAAGAUCUACUAUAUAUGUAUGUAAUUGUAUUGUACGUUUUUACACAGUAAUAUAUAAAAUUAUUUAAGGUAGGCAUACUUUAGUUUUGACUGCUCAAAUUCAAAUAUCAAACAAAUAAACUGUUGUUUCAGUAAUACGGAAAUUUGUAAA